AUGAAACGUACAACUGCUAAAUGGUGCACAUACAAAUAUUUCAGUGGUUCAGAAAAACUCGCGCCGUCUAUAGUAUACCGUAAAGGUUAAAAAUAUAAGUAAUGCCCUGAUCUGUGUUUUUGUUCACAUGCGCACACCGUCGCUCCUUCACUGGCAGUUUGCCGAGUGUAAGCGCUCUGACGCUAUUAAAUGUCAUCUGGUGAAUGGGAUUUGCGUGCUCUCAAGGCACUCGAAGAAGAGGAACAAAAAGCAUUCCUCGCGCUUAGUAGAAGAAGCAUAUUCGAGCCCCCAUCCCCACCGACAGGUGAAAGGUUGCUGCAACAGACCCAAAAACUGAAGCAGCAGCAAUUUCAACCGAAACUAACCUAUGCGCAACUGUAUCCGCAUAUAUUGAAACUGCCCACUAUUAAUGAAUGUAACCUGAUUGCGGCGGCUCGAAGGCGUCAACUUCUUCUGCAGCAACAGAACAUAUCAAGCAAUAACGCAAGUGGCAGACGUUUAAAAUUCACGCGCGCUCUUUCCCUUUCGGCGAAUUCGUUGACAGCACGUAGCAGUGCCCAUGGGAAAAAAAUUGCCGCCUCGAGAUCUAAGGCUCCCAAUGUGCCCCCGAUUAGUAAUUCGGGCUCACCGCCUCGGUCUUUCAGUGCUUCCCCCGUCUACACGCCACCGCCGAUUAGACGAUGCGCAACACAUUAUCAAACCCAGCCGGCACGAAAGGCUUUCAAGACUCUUCAGCAGUUGGAAAAGCAAAAAAAGGAUUGCAAAAUAGAGGCUGGAGAGACGCUGAAACGUGUACUUGGAACUAACAAAACAUCCUGGAAGUACGGUGCCAACUCUACUGCCGCUUCGAUCAUUGGCCAACGCAAAAGGUGGAAUUCUUCCUUGGUAGAAAUCGAGUCCAACACUUCUGAUGAGCUUGGUUCAGAGGACACCACCAACAACGUCAGCGGCAAGGGUAGCCAAACCAACUCUGACCACUGGUUGAAAUCGUAUGUAGACGUAGACUGUGACGAUAGUGCUACUGAGACCGGAUCGUGCACAGUGCCAUUGGCUUCGAACUCGAUCGAAAUGAUGCGUCUUAUGUUGUCGGCGGCCACCGCUGCCGUUACCACUCACAAAACAAAUACACAAGUAGCUGAGGCUGUUACCGAAUGCGUAUCAAAAGAUGUUGAUUAUUUACUUAACGAACGACCGUUGAAUUCUGCAGGCUCAGUGAAUUCGAUAUUAAGUAAUGGAAUGGUAUGUAAAGAACACUCAACCCCCGAAACCACCCCCCCACCGUUGUUCACAGCUAAAAUAAAUGGUGGCAAAAAUGUGGCGCAAAGUGGCUACGGCAGCACAUUUCUUCCAUUAUCAUCGCGUUAUCCCUUAAAAUUACCCGCGCCAUUAUUUACGCCUGAAGAGAAAACUGUUGCUUUUAAAGCUUUUCACGAACAUCAGCGAAGAAAGAGCCUCUCAUACAACGGUGUUCGUACUGCAUCGACGCUUCAGCGUGGCAGAAGUUUAGCAGAAGCCUCUGUCAAUGACAGUGGCAGCAGCAGUAACAGCCGGUCGUGCACGACAACAGGGCAAAGCGUUCACAGUUCAAGCGUUCGCAAUUUGCUGAAAGCCAACUCGUUGGAUAUGAGUACGCAGUUUGAUGCAGGUUUGAAUGCUGAUGGCGGGAAUUGUACUCUACAAAAUUCCACCUUAAUUACAAAUCCAAGGUCUGAUGGCAAAAAAACGGCCUCGACAGCACCAAUAAAAGGACUAGAUGUGCUAUCUAAAUCAACAAUUGACGUAGUCGGAUUAAAUGUACAAGGCCGUUUCGACAAGAAAGUAACGCAACAGCAGCAACAACAACUUCAGAACUUACAUUUACACAGCCAUGCAGAGCUCCCACAUCUUCCCUCGAUGUUAUGCAUCCCAUCAGAUAAUGACGGGAAUUGCCACAACUCAGCGCCAGUGUCCAAUAUGAUGGUGACAGACCAAAAAUCUGUGACAGCACUGGCGUCGCUACAUCAGCAUGUUAUCGAUAAUGAAUUGGAGCAGCAUAUCAAACAUUGCUCUUGCUCAUGCAAUCAUAUGGGAUAUGGGAACUCCAUGGAUUAUCAGUCGACUGGCUUCGGCGGUUUACCUGAUGUCACCGAGCACUCCAAUGCACGCCGCACACUCUCUCGCCAAAACUCAACUUCGAACAGUGAUUCCGGUGGCGAAAUUGCCAGCAUUGAAAAGUCAAAAGUGAACUUUGACGACGGCAGACCGCUACCAACCGCUCACCCCGCUAACAUCAAGCGUAAAUCGAAGGCAGCUCACCAAGCAGCCAGUGACAGCUGUGCCAGAGUACACCGCUUCAAAGCGCGCCGUGGCUGCUGUGCUAUAUUUUUGACUCUCAUCGCCGUACUUUGCCUGAUAACCAUCGUCGCCAUGUUCGCAUACCAACACUUUGUGGCGCCAAGCCGCAAUUCACAUGCCCAGAGACUGAGAAUCGUACAGCGGAUACUGAAAGAGGUUCCGCUGGUGGAUGGCCACAACAACUUUGCGUGGAAUGUCCGGAAGUACGCGCACAACAGUCUGGAGUUGGUGCAUAUGAGACGCGAUCCCAGUGCCAAGAUUUUAUGGACGCGACCUUCGUGGGCACAGACGGAUAUGGAGAGGCUGAAGCAAGGACUAGUUGGUGUGCAAAUGUGGUCAGCGUAUGUGCCUUGCGAGUCAUUAGGCCUGAAUGCGGUCCAAGUGGCGAUAGAACAAAUCGAUAUUAUACGACGCUUGACCGAAAUGUACUCUCUGGAAACGGUAUUGGUAAGCUCCUCGAAGGAUAUUUUAACAGCUCGACAGCAUGGACAGAUGGCUUCACUAAUCGGUAUAAAAGGCGGGCACGCCAUUGGUUCCUCAUUGGCGGUUUUACGAUCAUUCUAUUCGGUCGGCGCACGAGCGCUCAGCCUUACGCACAAGUGUGAUCUCUCGUGGGCAGGCUCAAGUGCUUCAGAAUCAGAGAGCGGGUUAUCCACUUUUGGCAAAGCGGUUAUCCGUGAAAUGAAUCGUCUCGGAAUGAUGGUCGAUCUGUCCUACAGUUCUGAUGCAACGGCUCGCGAUGUCUUGCAAAUCACCCGCGCUCCCGUUAUCUUCUCUCACUCCGCCGCACGACAACUGUGCAACUCUACACACAAUGUACCCGACGAAAUUCUUCGGUUGGUCGCAGACAAUGGCGGCCUCAUCAUGGUUAGCUUCGACCCUGAAGAUGUUGCAUGUGGUCAGCAGGCAUACCUGAGCGAUGUAGUCGAACACAUCAAACACAUUCGCACAAUAGCUGGCGUACAACAUAUUGGCAUUGGCGCGGGAUAUGACGGCAUCGAAGUGCCGCCUAUCGGACUUGAGGACGCGUCCAAAUAUCCAGAUUUGCUGGCAACACUCCUUCAAGAUCACAACUGGAGUGAGCAAGACAUAGCAAUGCUGGCAGGCAAAAACUUUCUACGCAUCCUGGAGACCGUGGAAAACGUACGCGAUUACUGGAAACGUGCCGACAUUCAGCCCCUAGAACAGAUUGAGCCGCAACCGAAGCCACAAUGCACGUACAUGUCAUCGUGACCACUGCCGGAGGCGGUGCCCAGCACUUAUGCUGCCGAGAAAGGAAGAAAUCUGAGAUGGUGCAAUUUCAUGCUGCUAGCCUUGAUUAGCUACGGCAAUCUAAAGUACUUAAAUAUUUAUCAGGGUGAUCGCACUUUUAGGAUGGAAUAGAGCAAAAUAAUCAAAGUCUGCGCACACUGAUAGACGCCGUGGGCUUAAAUGUAAUAAAAUUAGUGUUUUAGGAAAUUUGCAUGCCUACAUAGACUACUUCAUGUCUACGUAAGUAUAUGUAACGAAAUAUCUAGUUAAUCGUAUUUAGGUUAUCCACAUUUGCAUGCAUGUACAGCCGUAGAAUCUUGCACAUUCGAAAUGUUUGAAACAGUACAAGUACAUGCAUUGUAUGAUUUAAGAAAAAUUAGUUGUGAAAAUGAAGUCUGUUAAGGAACUACUCAAUAACUGAAACUUUACUUGUUUAAGUGAAAAAUAGUCAAAUACGUAAGUAUAAAUAUAAGGAUUGAAGAGUGAAAAAUUAGAAGUUGCGCAAGCAAAUUUAUAAGCAUAUCCGUUCAAAUUAUUACUGUCGAAUCUUGUUUAAGUACAUUUAAGAGAAUAAGCGAGAGUGCAAAACACGUGUAAAUGCAUACUAACAUAUAUAUCUUGAUAUGUAUGCUAUAAUGUACCUUUAUUAGGAGUCAAGGUCACCCUUAGAUGCGCUCCGAUCAUUACGUUUAUAGUCAAAUAUAUUAUUUAAAUUUUCUGUCCAGACAGACGCUAGGUGAAUGUGCCAACAAAUAUUAUAUAUACUUAUAUUAUACUUGUAUACAAACAUUAUAUUAUAUACUAUUAAAUUUGGAAUUCAUGAUUUCAUGUUGAUUUAAUCGUUACCAAGACAAUCUUUACCGCACUUAAACAAAUUAAGGAGUUCAAGGAUUAAAAGACAGAUUUUACAGUAUAUUUUGGGCAUCCUCUUCCAAGUGCCGAUCUGGGAUCCUAAUUUUCUGUUUUCGUCAUAUAUAAAUAUUUACACACAUUCAUGGAUGCGGGUGCAUAUACACUUUUUUGCACACUUUUUUUUGGUUUUCAAUAAUUUUUUUUGACAAUUAAAAUUCCGUGUAAAAUAUCUUGAAGCGCCUUUCAACAUUUGAUUCAACUCCAAACUCUUCAUUGAGUUGUACAGACUUUAUCAUCAACUUUAUUUGAUCUGAUUGCUUCAAGAAACCGAGAUAAUUUCGUUUAAUUACUUUUAGCAGCCGCCACAGUUAAUGUGCUUGCGCGUGGUGUCCCACAGGUCUUGAGUCGGGAAUAUACUCUGGAGUAGAAACACUCGACAAGCUACUGCAAAGUUUCAAAUAUACUUUAACCGAAAAAAAGGUUAUAAUUAAAAACCUCCAGCCUUUGCAGAAAGCAAAAUUGUAAUAUUUUCGUUUCUAUGAGACGAAUACAUACUCUGAGAAGAAACUCAGCAUAAGCCAUUCUGGGGUGAAUGGACCACGCUACAUAAUUCUUAAAAUUAUUAAAAUUGGAUAAAAAAUGUUUCAAUUCGAAGGAAAGUUUAAAUGAUAUUUGUACAUACAGUUAAUGUUGUAAUCACCAGCCUGGUUUGAAAUUUUUGAUUGAAUAUGAACACAAUCAAGACACUCGUUAAUUAUUUCUGUAUACAUACAUAAAUACAUUUUUCAAAGUGAG